AUGGCGGUUGCUGCUAUUGUGGAUCCUCGAUAUAAGUUUCAAAUUGUUGAAUGGCGUUACGAGAAAGCUUACGUGGAGACGUACAAAUCUGAAUGGGCAAUAAUGAAGCAAAAACUAGUUUUAUUAUUCAAUGGGUAUUUGGAUGAGUCAAAGUUGAAGAACUCUAAAGAUGGUCAGCCUACAUGUGGAUCGUUGAACACCCAAGAAGGACCUCAGGAUAUACUAGAAUCUGCUUCUCUUUUAAUGGAUUUCGAUAACUUUUCAGCUAAGGAAAUUCGAUAUCCAACUCUUGCUCAGAUGGCUAGGGACGUCUUAACUCUCCCAAUCUCAACGGUUGCAUCCGAAUCAACUUUCAGCACGGGUGAUAGGGUCCUUGAUGCUUAUUGA